AAAAUCCAACAGUCAACAGUCCGGUUCCCAGCGAUCGCAGUUUCGAAUCAUCAGGAAUUUCGAAUUUGGAUUGGGAUCUGCAGAUUUUUUUUUUUAGUCCGCAACUAAGACUAGUCACAGUUGGAGUCACUAGCAGAGCGAAGAAGAAAAACAAAGCCAUCAAGAUGUCGCAGCCACUCAAGUUCUACUUUGAUUUUCUGAACCAAUCGAGCCGGGCGCUCUAUAUCCUUUUGGAGGCUUCCAAAAUUCCCUUCGAGGCCAUACCCAUUUCGAUGCUCAAAGGUGAGCACUUGACUGGCGAGUUCCGGGACAAUGUGAACCGGUUCCGCAAGCUGCCGGCGAUCACGGAUCACGGCUUCCAGCUGUCCGAGAACGUGGCCAUCUUCCGGCAUCUUUCCCGCGAGAAGCUGGUGCCGGAGCACUGGUAUCCCAGGCGCCACCUCGGACGCAGCAGGAUCGAUGAGUACCUGGCCUGGCAGCAGACGAACAUGGGCGUGGCCACCACGGAGUACUUCCAGCAGAAGUGGCUGGUGCCCUAUUUGCAGAAGACCCGGCCAGCCGACAAUGCGGUGAAUCUCGCCAGCAAGCAGCUGGAGCACACGCUCAACGAGUUCGAGCAGCUCUUCCUCAACUCCCGCAAGUUCAUGCUGGGCGACAACAUCUCCUACGCGGACCUCAGCGCCAUCUGCGAGAUCGACCAGCCAAAGUCCAUUGGGUACAACACCUUCCAGAACCGCAACAAGCUGGCCCGCUGGUACGAGACGGUCCGCGAGGAGCUGGGUCCCCACUACAAGGAGGUCCUCGGGGAGUUCGAGUCCAAGCUGAAGGGCAGUGGCAGUGGGCAGCACCAGGGCGUCGCCCAGGCGGUGAAGCAAUAGCCGAGGGACCCGUCCACCCUCGGACUGUCCACAAAUCUUGUUUAGUUCCCUAAGACGUUCGACUAUUUAACCCCUGACUUUUUUUUUUGUGAUUAUAUGUGCUCUUCCCCUAUCCAUUAAGUUUUAGCCCUCCCAUAACUAUACUUUCUUUCUUUUUUUUUCUCUAACCCCAUAAUUUGUACAUCCUUGUUUUCCUGCGAAAAAAACUUAUGUAUAACUUUAGAACUUAGUUGUUAAAUAUGUAUCUUAAUUAUUCGUAUAUAAAGUACGCUUAUGAUUGUUAAA